GUUUCUGUCUUUGGACUUUUCCCGUGGCCGCCGGUCGCCUUCAUCCGAGCUCCCCCCGCACGGCACCGCACGGCAACGCUCGCACCCCCUCGGGGAUGCCCCGCUGCUCGGCUCCCGCCGCCCUCCUCCUCCUCCUCCAAGUUGGCGGCGUGGAGCGUUGAAGCUCUCAAAGAUCUCCAUCAUCGCUCCGGAGGGAUCGCACCUUCCGGACUCUGCCGUGGAUCGGGACUCCCUGGUUUUUGAGAAGGUCCCUUUGGUGCGCCCGCCCGCCCCACCCCGACGGCCAGCGUCCCUCCCUCCCCCGUCCCUCGCCGUCGUCAUCCAGGUGCGUGACGGAUUACUCCGGGUCUUCCUGGUGCGGGUCGGCGGCGAUGUUCUCCAUCCAGGACGGCCUCCCGCGGGGUGGUCUCACCAUGAAGGAGGAGCCGCUCCCCACCGGCAUGACCCCCGUGAGGUCCUGGAUGGCCGGCGCCGGGAUCCUCGACGCCAACACGGCCGCGCAGAGCGGCGUGGGUCUGGCCCGUGCGCAUUUUGAGAAGCAGCCGCCGUCCAACCUGAGGAAGUCCAACUUCUUCCAUUUCGUCCUGGCCCUCUACGACCGCCAAGGGCAGCCCGUCGAGAUCGAAAGGACGUCCUACCUGGACUUUGUGGAGAAAGACAAAGAGUACAACGGUGAGAAAACCAACAACGGGAUUCAUUACAGGUUACAACUUCUCUACAGCAAUGGCAUCAGGACGGAACAAGACCUCUACGUGCGCCUCAUCGACUCCAUGACCAAACAGGCCAUUUUGUAUGAGGGACAAGACAAGAACCCGGAAAUGUGUCGUGUUCUGCUCACGCACGAGAUCAUGUGCAGCCGAUGCUGUGACAAAAAAAGCUGCGGGAAUCGAAACGAGACGCCUUCUGACCCCGUCAUCAUCGACAGGUUCUUCCUGAAGUUCUUCCUCAAAUGCAAUCAGAACUGUUUAAAAAACGCAGGAAAUCCGAGAGACAUGAGGCGCUUCCAGGUGGUGGUGUCGACCACGGUCAACGUGGACGGUCACGUGCUCUCCGUCUCCGACAACAUGUUUGUCCACAAUAACUCCAAACAUGGCCGCCGCGCACGCCGCCUGGACCCCUCUGAAGCAGCCACGCCGUGCAUCAAAGCCAUCAGCCCCAGCGAAGGUUGGACCACGGGGGGCGCCACCGUCAUCCUCAUCGGAGACAACUUCUUUGACGGACUGCAAGUGGUGUUUGGGACCAUGCUGGUGUGGAGCGAGCUGAUCACGCCGCACGCCAUCCGCGUCCAGACGCCUCCUCGCCACAUUCCCGGUGUGGUGGAGGUCACGUUGUCCUACAAGUCCAAACAGUUCUGCAAAGGAGCACCGGGCCGCUUUGUCUACACAGCCUUGAACGAGCCCACCAUCGACUACGGCUUCCAGAGGUUACAAAAGGUCAUCCCUCGCCACCCCGGGGACCCCGAGAGGUUACCAAAGGAAGUGCUGUUGAAGCGAGCCGCCGACCUCGUGGAGGCGCUGUACGGGAUGCCGCACAACAACCAGGACAUGAUCCUGAAGCGGGCAGCCGACCUGACGGAGGCGCUGUACAGCGGCGUCCCUCGCGCCCACAACCAGCUGCCGCCGCUGAGCGGCGCCACGGCGCAUUCGGGAAUGAUGGCCGUCAACUCUUUCGGCAGCCAGCUGGCCGCCAACAUCUCGGAGGCGUCGCAGGCCGAACAGGGUUACUCCCGCAGCUCCAGCAGCGUUUCUCCUCGCGGCUACGUGCCCAGCUCCACGCCACAGCAGUCCAACUACAGCAUCACGUCCUCCAUCAACGGCUACGGCGCCGCCAUGAGCAACCUGGCCGUGCCCGGCUCGCCCGGCUUCAUCAACGGCGCCGGCGCCAACUCCGCCUACGCCAGCGUGCGUUCAUUCUCUCCUGUGACUAUGGUUUCUGCAGUCAAACAGAAGAGCGCCUUUGCUCCCGUGGUGCGGCCACAGACCUCCCCGCCCCCCAACUGCACCUCCACCAAUGGCGGCGGCCUCCAGGCGAUGGCCGGUCUGAUCGUCCCGCCCAUGUGAGAUUGCCCUAAACCUCCCCCCCCCACCCCCCCGAAUAUCCCAACGGAUUCGUCUGCACCGCACUCCAAGCCACAGAAUCUUCUCACCUCCACCUUGACGGUUGAUGACGUCACAGGGAUUGUUGGGGGGGGGGGUCUUACUUCCAGGAAUGUCCUGAUGACAUGGUCACUGGCCAAUCAGCUUUGAGCAAUGGGGCGCUUCGGUUUGUUUGCCACAAAUGUUUGCAUGACGCUUGCUUGAGUUCCCAGAAUAUUGCGUGAAGAUGGGAAGACAUUUUUUAUUUUAUUUUUUUGCUCAUCUUCUGGCUACGUCUUUAAUUAAUUAAGUAAUUAAUUAAUUUAUGUUAAUGCGCUCCAAGAAGGAUCCGCCUCUUUCUUGCUUUUCCACGUCACAAUGGAACAAUCUAGAAGCUUUAAGGCUUUUCUUGAAUGGGACCAAGUCCAGAAUUCCACAAGCUCGGAAUUCAGUCCGGCCUCCAAUCAAAAUGGGGCGGGACAUCAUCCAUAUGGAAGCAAUUUCCUUUACAUGCCAGCCUGGAGACUGUCGUGAAAAUCCUCGUCUUCUUCGUCUUCUUUUUCUUUUUACCUUGACUCUUUCUGCUUCUUCUUCUUCUUGCUGUUAGUGUGCAAAUUAUUUUAUUCUUGUAUUUAUAAGCUUUAUUUCAUGUUGGAAACAUGUUUGUUGUCUUUUAGAUAUUAUUGUACAGAAUGGUUUUGUAAAAAAAAAAAAAAAAAAAGUCACAACAUUGUUUUAAACAUGUUGUCCACUUUUUGUAUACAAAUUUUGUGUCGCACACACGGACGGACGGACGGAGACAUACAUAUACGACACAGACACGCGCGCACACACACUAGCUAAGCUAAAAGCUAAAAAAAAGAAGAAUAAACUGUUGAUGUGAUGUUUACACCUUUGUUUACACUUUUCCAUUGAAACGUCUUUGAAGCGUUUAUCAUGGCGUCCUCAUCUUUUUACCAAGGUGACCCUGUUGUCUUUUUUCCUUUGGGCUUAAGCGUGUGAAAUAGCGCCCCUGCUGGACACUUUGUCUGCCACCGUUCAAUCAGGGACUUUUGAUCAGGACAAAAAAAAAAAAAAACGUCUUUGAAUUACACAUUUACAAACUUUUACGGGAACGAUUGAUAUAUUCAGCAAAUCAGCUUUGACCUUCCUCUUUAGUUUUCACCGAUUGAUUUCUUUGAAAUUGUCAAUAUAUUCAAAAUAAGAAAUUAGACGUGAGUGUGCGGCAGGCAUUCAAUGCACACAGACAAACAUUGCUACGUACAUACAUGAGUGCGAAAAAACGAGGUAUGUGCAUACAUAGGUAUAUUUGUACAUUUUGAUGUACACGUAUUCGUACAUACAAGCAUACAUAGGCACAUACGUGAUACGCAAAUGCAAUUCAUGCGCAUGUAUGUACUAAAACAGACAGACAGGUACGUGACAUACAUCCACAUUUACUUUCCUACAUAUGUAUGUAAAUACAAACGUUCGUACAUACGUGUGCAUGUCCUUUUGUUCCUUUUCCGUGAUAUUUGCUGACUCGUGCUUUUUGUACAGAAACUCUUCAAUAAAGAUGACAUCACCUGA